AUGACAAGAGCAGGAUUGUUGGAUGUUCCCACCAAGAAAAAACCUAAAGCUCCUAAAUUCAUAAGUGAUUUGGAGGAGAUUAAAUCCAUUAUGGCAAAAAAAGUCUCACAUUUGUUGCCUACAUACACAGCUGCAAGAUUUAAUUUUCCUCAAGAAGGUUUGAAGGAAAGCCAAUGCUGCAGCACUAAUUCUAAGGAUUUGUUAGUUGUGAAAGAAUUAUAUUCUCAAAUACAGGUCUUAAAUAAUAAAAUUACAACUCUUGAGAAUGAAUUUUCUAAACUCUCAAACUUAAUUCUCAGUAAUUCACAACUAAAUACUGAUAAAUUGUCUAUUAGGGACACUGCCCCGCCCAGUUUUCCAUCAGUCAGGGAACCUAUUAAAAUACAUGAAAAUGUUGAAGCUAAUGAUUGGCAGAUGAAAUUAAGUCAUAAAUCAAAGCUUGCACUUCGAAAUGGCGAGGGGCGUGCUGAAAAUGAUGAAAUAAAAGCAGCCAAAGUGGAUUUUACAAAAAAGGCAACUUUAUACAUAUCCAAUGUGGUUAGUUCUUGUGAUGAGAACUUAAUGUUGAGCUAUCUCAAAAAGAGAAACAUAAAAAUUCUGGGUUUGUACUUGUUAAAACUUAAAACUCAAAGGGCUUUUAACUCUUUCAAACUCAUUGUUGAAAGUGAUGAUUUUGAAAUUGUCAACGACACCUCUUUUUGGCCAAAGGGCAUUAUUCAUAGACACUGGGUCAAUUUUAAGGAUAUGGCUCAAGAGCAGGUUAACAGUGUUCGUGAGCCUUCACAAAAUAAAACUUCUCUUCCUACAAUUGUUGAUGCUAAUAGAAUGCAACCAAAGGUAAUACCUAAUGAUUCUCUAGAAAUUAAAGAACAAAAUGUUCUGUCCUCUGAUUGGGCUCAGGAAGUGGAAAAUUCAAAACUAAAAGAUGGCGAUGCCACAAACCAAUAA